GGUCACAACACUCUAAACAGGAAGCUUCCCCCUGCCUCUGAUCUCAUUGAAUCUUAGCCAGAAUAAGCCUCUCUUCACAGCAAACAGAGGAGCAACCUCUGGCAGUGUAAUCAGCAGGCUGCUACAGCUGCAUUAUAGCAGGAUCAGAUUGCAUUUUUCCCAUUAUAUCUCCCCCACUCCCAAGUCCUAUCUUCAACAAGAACUGAUAGUGAAGAAGCAAGCUCAACACAUUUCAGGAAUUCGCCAAUUCUCUUUCAAGAACUGCUCACAGGAAUUUGGUUGAAAGAUGAAAGAAAUGAAGAGAGGCUGUUUCUUAGUAACUACCUUACUCCUGUUGUUGGGCUGUGUCCCAUGGCAUGUGACUGCAGACUCAGAAAAUGGAGAAGAAGACCAGGACAUCCCAGGUGCUGCUUUACCACCUCUCAAGCUAGGAAAUUCAAUCUGUGCUUUGAAGGCGGAUGGCGGUGCAUGUAAAGCAAUAUAUACAAGGUAUUACUUCAACAUUCAAACCCGCCAAUGUGAGAUGUUUGAAUACGGUGGAUGCCAUGGCAAUGAGAACAACUUCAUAACACUAGAAGAAUGCCAGGAGAUGUGCGUGGUAUCAGAAUUCCUGGUGAAGAAAACCCGUGGAAGAUUUAAAAAAGAAAAGCCCGACUUCUGUUUUAUGGAGCAAGACCCUGGAAUCUGCCGAGGCUAUUUUUCCAGAUAUUUCUAUAACAAGGAAUCACAGCAGUGUGAAAAGUUCAAGUAUGGUGGGUGCCUGGGAAAUCAGAACAACUUUAAGGCCUUGGAAGAAUGCCAGAUUGCCUGCCAGGACAAUUCAAAUUCACUGCAAUUAGACCACCGUGACGAACACCCCAUCAUGAUGAACAAUAGCUCUCUUGUUGCAAAGCCCAGUGAGUUUCCAAGGCUUUUUGAACCACCUCCUCUCCCUUCUCUCUGCAUGACCCCUGCGGAUCGAGGCCUUUGCAAAGCCAAUGAGAAAAGAUUCUUCUAUGAUCACUCAACAGGAAAAUGCCAUCCAUUUAGCUACAGUGGGUGUGGUGGGAAUGAAAAUAAUUUCACCUCCAAAAACUCAUGUCUGAGGACCUGUAAGAAAGAUUUCAGUAAAAAACAAGGACGAAGAGGCUUAAUGAAAAUCAAGAGAAAAAGAAAGAAACAGCCGUUGAAACUGAGGGAAGAUGAAAUCAUCAUUGAAAGGAUAUAACUUCUGCUUUUUUAAAAGAGAAAUGUGAACUACUCCAUUAUCUUUCAUCUGUGAACGAAAGCAUUAACAGCAGCAUUUUUAAACUCCUUACUGUACUGAUCAUUUGAUUAUGCAUUAUUGGGCGGCUUAUCUAUUUUGUUUUGUAUUCCUUAUUCAUGUGUGCUAAGCGAUCAGCAUUUAAUUUUUUUUCGGACAAACGUAGUUAAAAAUGCAGUUUGGCAAUGUACACUCGCCAACGGAGCUGAAGCAGGACAAAACAGACUGUGUGUGUAUAUCUGAGCCACAAUGAUUCAAAGAUCAGGCUGGCUUCACCUAGUCUGUUUUAUUGUCUUGUUUGUCUUCCUCUGUAAACUUUCUUCUCGAAAGGAAGUAUAAUGCUUUUUAUAUUGGAGCAUGAAUAAUUCAUUCCUGAAUACAGAUAAAGGGCAAUUGCUACAAAGAGACACUGGGCCUGAUUCUGAUCUCAUUUAUUAUAUAUUAUGUAAAUCAGGUUUUAACUCUGCCGGAGUCCAUGGAGCCAGACUGCUGUAAAUGGGGUGUAAGAUCAUAGUUAGUCCCACUAAGACCACAAAGAGAAUAUUCAAGUCAUAAACAGGUGGAGAAAUGUCACUGUGGAUCUUCACAAAGCCCAAAGUAUAUCAAGGACACUGAGCUUUACAGCUGAAGUCAUCAAGCCUCACCUUGUUGUGGCAAUGGAGACAUGGGUAGCAAGAUAAUAGUUCCCAGUAAAACAAGUUUAUCUUCGUCUAUUUAAAGACAAAACAAAAAAUUGUAAGUAAAUUGAUCACUUUAAAGAUCUCAUGACAUGUCCUGUCCCUCUGAAAAUAUAAUAGAUGCUGGAUAGGUUUGGGUUGUUUUUUUUUUGUUUUGUUUUUUAAAAAGAGUAUUUAUCAUUUCCAUAUGUUUUGCUUUGAAUACAAUGUCUUUGUGCCAUAUGGCAAUAAAUGCUUGGCAUAUAUAAAAAUGAGCUGGUUUUCAGAAUACUUAUCUUAAUUGAUAUGGCCCUACUUCCAUGAUAUGUGAGCCCAUCACACUCUUAAAUGUAUCUAUCUUUCCUCACUAUAUUUUGAGCCAUAGGAAAUUGCUCUUAUCACUGAUUUACAGACAGGGAAUUGAAACAGAGAGAGAAACUAAAGGCCAGAUUUUUAAAGGUAUUAUGGUGCCUAAAAAUGUAGAGAGGUACUUUGAAAAAAUCCCAGUAGCUGCCUAUCUGCAUUUUUAGGCACUUAAAUACCGGACCCUAUGUGAUUGACUGGUUCAAGUCACACAGAAAAUUGUUGCAGAAGAAGGAACUGAACCUAUGUCUGCUAUGUACAAGGAUAGUACCUCAGCCACUGAACAUCCUUCUGUCUAGGAUGAGUUGUCUGAGUGAUUUCAAAAGCCUAUACUUUUUGUAUUAUUUGUCCUCUGCUACAUUUUGUGCUACUAAGCCUGCUUUGAAAAAUACUUCUAGGACUGAAAUAUUCACUGAAAAAUAUGAUGCCUUAUGAUUGUAUCUUAUAUAAACCUCUGUGAGAAGCAAAGAAUCAUAACGUGAUAACUGUUUGACUGGACCAAACUGGGCUCUUCUUCACCAGUGUAAAUCCAGAAUAACUCCAAUAACUAGUGAAGAUCAAUAGUUUCUCAUUUCUCCCCACAUGUAAUUUGUUUUAUGGUACUAAUGGGUCUGAUUCUUGUCUCACUUACUACAGUUCAAAAUCUACACUGGGGUAACUGAGAGCAUAACUUGCCCCAGCAAUCACAUUAUGACUUCACUCCUCAGUCCCAGUGAAGCACGUUAGGAUCUUUGGAUGAAAGGUUCAAUAAAAAUGUUAGUUUUUAUUUUAACGUAUACUCAGAAAAUCAGAUGAAAAUAUGUUAAAUCAAACCUAGAAUGAGAAACAUAUUCAAUAUUAUAUAAGGAAGCUUAGACAUAAAUUGUGCAGAUUGUGAACUGCAUUGUAUUGGAGCAGAUAACUUUAUUAGACAACUGGGCAAGUUAGUAAUGAUAAGUGCAGUUAGAAGGCCUGAUCUUGCAUGGUUACUCAAACUAAACUCCCAUUGGCCUGGUUCUCACUUACGCUAUGGGCCAUUAUAGCACUCUGGCAAUAUCAUUUAUACUCCCUUUAAGGCACCAUUACACUGCCAGAACAGUAUAAAGGGACCCUAGUAUAAAUGAGCAUCAGGCCCCUAUUCUUUAGUAGUAAGAGUACGGUUCUCAAACUAGCAACAAUUCUAAAAUGGAUUUGCAUUAUCCAUUCUUAGGGAAAAUCUUUUCUUUUUCAUCAAGUCUGCUCCAUGGCUGCCAUUGCAAUCCCACAGUGUCACCAUUUGCAAUGUUGAUACUGUAAAGAAGCUUAAAGUAAUGGGACCUUCAGUAGAACGUAAAUCAGACAAAUAUUGGUUUCACCUAUUACUUCAUGUACUAAGAAAACAUAUUGCAAGUGGAUUAAUUGUGUAUGCUUCUUCUUCAAUCCUAAACAUUGCUGAAAUCAGUGUGAAAAAGUGAAAGUGAAAGCUGAAAUCAGACUUUCACUUUAUGCAAAACCCUAUCUUUACUGUAUGGUUUUUAUAAAAGUGCAAAUCUGCUAAAUAUUGUUUGCAAUGUUAUUAGCCCUGUUGUCUUUUACUGUAAUAACCAUGAGUUUCAUGAAACAUUGUUCUCUUUUUAUCUGUGCAUUUGUUUCUGUAUGGUAAUCUGGAUUUUGUAGCAUAGUAAUAAAUGGAAAAGUUUA